AUGGAUGCGCUAGUUGUGGUCGAAUUUGCUGCGGAAGAAGCCGCAGAGGCUGGGCAGGAAGUGCCGCGUGGCGUUUUACGUGUCUUCAAGGACCGUAGUAACCCUCUGGAAGAGUACACUGAUCGGGCAUUUAUAAGGCGAUACAGAAUAUCAAAGGAUUCAUUCCGUUAUGUUCUUGACCUAAUUGGACCCCAGAUAGAGCAUCCCACGAGAAGGAAUCGAGCCCUUCUUCCGAUAGAGCAACUUGCUGUUGCACUCCAGUUUUAUGCUUUUGGUUGUUUUCAAAUCGAAUUUGGGGAUUCAAGUGGUGUCUCGCAAGCUACGUGUUGUGUGGUACGUCGUGUUUCCGAAGCGAUCUGUGGAUGGAAGGAACGCUUCAUCCGCUUUCCGACCACAGCGGAGGAGAGACGGGUGAUGAUGCAAGGGUUCUAUGAAAUUGCCGCGUUCCCAGGCGUGAUUGGCGCUAUCGACGGAACCCACGUAGCAAUCGUGAGCCCAGGAGGUGCCGAUGCUAUACGAUUCAUCAACAGGAAGCAAUUUGAUAGUGGGGCAAAUCGUGGAAUCCUACUCGGGGAUCCAGCCUAUACUUGCCGACCCUAUAUGAUGACACCGAUUCGUAAUCCAAGAACACCGGCGGAAACGAGAUAUAACACUGCGCAAAGGAGGACAAGAGGUCUGAUAGAAAGAGCGUAUGGCAUAUUGAAGAAACGAUUCCACUCUGUUGGCGACCGAAAUUCCCUCCGAUGUCAGCUGCAGGGUAGUAUGGCUAUUAUUGUAGCCACGGCCUGUCUUCACAACCUUGCCAUUCAACGAAAUGAUGCCAUCCCGCCGCAAGAUGACGACCCCCGCCCAAUACGGUACGAACAGCCAGAAUUGGCGGCUCAUCACGUUGAGGCGCAUAUGCGAGGCAAUCUCUUCAGAGACAGAUUCAUAAGAGAACACUUCCAGUGGGUAUCAAGAUUUAUUUAUUAA